GACGAAGAAUAUCACAACUACUAUCGUUCAAAAUGAAUGGGCCAGCAUUUAAUCCUCCAGGAGGGGGCCAGCAGGGUGUUGACCCUUCAACCGCUGCUGCUGUUAAAAAUAUGCAAAUGAUAAUGGAAUCCUGUCCGGGCAAGACUGUCGUCUCGGGUGUAAUGGGAUUUGCCCUCGGUGGUGCCUUUGGUCUCUUCAUGGCAUCUAUGCAAUACGACACUCCCAUUCACACCUCUACCGCAGCCGCAGAAAUCCAAUCCCUUCCCAUGCGUGAACAACUCAAACGAGGUCUCAAAGAUAUGGGUAAUCGCUCCUAUUCCUCGGCCAAGAAUUUCGGCAAAGUAGGCGCUAUCUUUGCGGGCACGGAGUGUUGUGUUGAAGGGUUCAGAGCAAAGAAUGAUCUGAAGAAUGGGGUUAUUGCAGGAUGUAUUACCGGGGGGGUGUUGGCGGCGCCGGCGGGACCACAGGCUGCCGCAGUCGGGUGUGCGGGGUUCGCGGCUUUCAGUUUGGCGAUUGAUAGUUAUAUGAGAAGGCCGAGUGAUGGGGAUUAAGGAGAUAAUUGAGGGGUGGAAGUUGUGGAUUGGAACUUUAGACGGAGCGGUUUAGAUAUGUAUAAUAUGCUGCGAACAGCUUACGCAUGGGAUUGGAGUUAUGGGCAAGCUUGGAUGGGCUUUGAGUGGUUAUGUUGAUAUGUCUGUAUAGUUAUGACCUUUGGAUCAAUGACUAAUUUCACUCCUCACGAGCGUUGGUUUUAGCUUUGGCGCUUCAGUAUUAUGUGAUGGUUUGAGUCUUUUGUCAUAUGUCACGAAAAUCCGGCUGACUUAUCGUGUCCAGUAGAGAAUGCAUGCGAGGAACAUUUACCA